UCUUCACAUAUAGUAAUGAAGUUUCUGGUAUUGGAGACGAAAUUGUUAUAAAUCACAGUAUUUCAUUUCUCGUUUUGGCACCAUAAAACACCAUCGUCACGGACGAAUGGCUGGUAUUUAAAAAUCAAAUCGGCCAUAAACAAUAAAAUGGCGUCCGGUUUUUUGUGUGUGCAAUGAAGUAAUUGUUUUCAUGAAAUAGGAAGAUUUAGUGUGAAUUUUACGAACUGUAAUGUUUUUUUGGUGAUCUUGCAGCACAAUGAACCUCAAUAAUCCGUUUAGUCUGUUCAAAGACGAGCUGAUAGUUGGAAAUGAAGUGCGUGUCGUAUGUGGCUAGGUAGCGUCGUCGUCGCGCACCGCCUUUAAAAUUGAGUUGAUUAGGGCAAAUCAAGUGGAUUCUUCGAUUGAGAAUGGUUUCCAAAGGCGGGGCGGUAUAAUUAGGGCUAUUGGAGGACUAUUAGUGCGUGUGUUAGUCGGCGUUACGCUAGUGUGAUUGAUGGGUACGGUGCGCUAGUAGUUGUGAAAGCGAGCGUACAUACAUGUUCGCGAUGUUAAAACUGUCAUGAGGACUCGUGUUUACUAUCAAAUAGUGGAUUUGUGUUGGUCUGUUUGUUUUCAUUUUAAAGUUGUGAUAAAAAGUUGUUAAAAAUGUGUAUGCCUACGCCAAGCAAUGUGUCGGGCUUCGGAUAUCAGUGGGGCUUCGCGAGCUCGGGGGAUCUAACGAAGGGCGAGGUUGAUACCCCUAGCAGCCUCAGCUACACCCUAGGGAAUACGGUGUCCCCAGAAACAACCCUAACUGUGAUGUCUCACAAGACACCACAAGUUCAAGAGAAGGUUGGAACAGUCUCCGUAGCUGUCAGUAACACCGGCACGCAGGUCACUAGGGUUGUCACUGCUGGGACUCCGGUCACGGCAAGGAGGGCUAUGUUUGUCCUGAACGAGAGUCCACACACCAUCAACAGAGUCUCCCAGAAUCAAACAGCAACUAUUCAGACUCCUAUAUUUACAGCCACAAACCUCGCAGCAAAGCCCUUUAUGACCCCCAUAGGGCCAAUCCAACUCACCGCUGAAGAAUGUAAUGAGAUUCUCAUGAAACGAGCCCUGCAAGCCCAGGGUAUCGCCACGCCAGCAGUUAUAGAUGCAUCCCAGAUCAAUCAUACUAUACUUAAUGGUGGGCUCAAAAGUUUGGCUGAAGCAACGACGCAGCAGGCACAGGUGGAGACGAUACAGACCACCACAGCACAUCAGCACCAUCAGUUGAUGCAUACUAAGCAGGAGCCUGGGACGGCCAAUAAUUCGCCUAAAAGCUACGAGUUAGUCAGCUUCGAAGAUGGUGAAACCUCUGCUACAGUUAUACAACACACGCAGCUGCAAAAUGCGGUAUAUUCGCAGACGGAGCUAAUGUCAACAACGACCAUGUCAGCGGCGCCCCCGGCCGCCAUAAAGGAGCGCCCGUACGCCUGCGAUGAGUGUGGCAAGUCCUUUCUGCUGAAACACCAUCUAACAACUCAUGCGAGAGUGCAUACUGGCGAGCGGCCGCACGUCUGCGCGCAUUGCGGGAAAGCGUUCGCGCGGAAACACUGUCUGAACACGCAUCUGCUGCUGCAUUCUGCGGACCGGCCCUUCAGGUGCCAUGAGUGUAAAAUGGCCUUUACGCUCAAGCAUCAUUUGGUUACGCAUUCUAGGGUGCACAGUCGAGACCGUCCUUUUGUCUGCGGCGAGUGUGGUCGUGGGUUCCCGCUAAAGCGCCACCUGGUGACGCACAGCAAAUACCACGCUGGCGAGCGGCCCUACGUCUGCAGCGACUGCGGAGAGAGUUUCGCGCAGAAGGAGCACCUAGUAAUGCACAGCAGAUUCCACGGCUCACUAUCCCCCUUCGUGUGUCCCGACUGCGGCGUGGCUUUCGCUCGCAAGUUCCAACUCGUCAACCACGGGAGAGUCCACGGCAGGGUACCCCACGCUUGUCCAGUCUGUGGAAAAGAGUUUCUGCAGAAACGGACGCUGGUUGCGCAUAUGAAAAUUCACACGGGUGAAGGAGUGGUGGCGUGUCUCGAGUGUGGCGAGGCGUUCAAGUGUAAGACAGAGAUGCAGCAACAUUGCAAGAUUUCACGGCACUGUAUGAGCGGCAGCGUCACGCAGCAAACACAGCAGGUCCAACAACAAAACACUCAACAACAGCAGCAGCAACAACAGCAACAGCAGGCUCAACAACAAGCUCAACAGCAAGCGCAACAACAAGCCCAACAACAAGCGCAACAGCAGCAACAACAGGCCCAACAACAAGCUCAGCAGCAGGCGCAGCAACAACAACAACAACAGACGACAGUUAUAAAGCAGGAUGAUUUCAAACCACAAAUUGUACAUCUCAUUGGUGCAGACGGCCAGAUUGUGACAGAAAAGGUGACACCCGGCUACCCCUGUCCAGAGUGUGGCUCCUGUUUUAACACUAAGGAGGCAUUGUCGCUCCACGUGCGACUGCACGCAGGCGACCGCACGUGCGUGACGGACCUGUGCGCGCUCACGGCCGCGCUGCAGCCCGGGCUAGUGCAAGCCGCGCAACACACGCAGCAUAAUCAACCGAUACAAAUAAUAUCCUCAAAUCCGAACAACGUAGUACAUACGCAAGUCAUUGCCACUCAAAAUCAUCACAUAGCGACGCCGCGGCCGAAGAUACACUUUUGUGUAGAUUGCGGGAAAGGCUUUGCGGCGAAACAUGGUCUACUAGCGCAUCACAGAAGACAUCCAGACGGUAGCUGUACGCUGCGAACGCACGUGUGCGACCAGUGCGGGAAGGCGUUCUUCCAGAAAAACCACCUCAUGCUACAUCAGAGGCAACACAUGGACUUACCGCCUAGAAGUCAGAGAGACACGAGUAAUAACGACAAUGGGGCGAUAAUCAUGAUAACGGGGCACUCGAAGAACUUCCAAUCACAACAGCAACAGGCGCAGCAACAAGCACAACAGCAGGCACAACAACAGGCACAACAGCAGGCGCAACAACAGGCGCAGGCAGCGCAACAGGCCGCGCAGCAAGCCGCCCAACAAGUCGCACAACAAGUCCAGCAACAGGUCCAACAACAAGUACAACAACAAAUGCAGAUCGAGAUCGAGCCGCAGGAGCACCAACAGCCGACGCACAUACAAGUUGUGACGAAUCGGUCAGGACAGGUGAUCGGCAACCAGAUCGUAGUGGGCGGGGUGGGGCGGCGCCUCGUGGGCUCGCAGCUGCACGUCAUCGGCCGCGACGGCAAGACCAUCGGCACGCAGCUGCCGCUCAAGCACCAGCGGCACAACGCCAACAGCGGUGACGUAAAGGAAGUGAGUGGGCUGGUCCUCUCAACUGCUCGCGGCUCCAACCUCAUUAAAUACGAGAUCUCCCUCCCACAGUCCACGCCCGUCGUCCCAGUCGUUCAAGUGCAACAGCUGGACUGAGUGCCGCUCACUGACAAAACGUAUGUCUACAGACAAUAGUGCGUGAGAGAACCGUGCACUUACUUAUAGACAAUGGUACCACUGCUCACCGAUACAUACAGUGUACUCCUCAGAGCAUAUCGAGGGUUUACUGAUGAAACCCGAUAAGUUGAGCAAACCGGUUUUUGAAAUUCGAACUAUCUGAAAAUUCCACAAUGUUCUUAUUACAUACAUACAUACAUACAAUCACGCCUGUGUCCCAUAAAAGGGUAGGCAGAGCACAUGAAACUACUAAAGCUUCAGUGCCACUCUUGGCAAAUAAGGGGUUGAAAGAAAACGAAACUGU